AUGGCGUACGCAGCGCGCGCCGUCGACCCUGCGGCAGCGGCGGCCCCCCUCGCCGCCUUCGACAGCUCGAUCCGCGAUGCCUGUGCCGACAUAUUUGGUUUCCAACCGACCGAGGACGAGUGGCUACAGGCCACGCUCGGCUUCCGUCGCGCAGGGCUGGGUUUCCGGAGCUCGUUGCGACACUCGGCGGCUGCGCACUUCGCUUCGCGUGCCGCCGCGAGGGGCCUCUGCGCCCAGGUCGACGCCUAUUGCCGCUGGGACGUAGACGACGCCGGUUCCGGCCUCCAGCGCGCGGCCGCCACGUUGCAGGCAGCGCUGCCGGAGCAGGCGGCGCGCCAGUUGGCGGGCACCUCUCCGGCGAGCUUGCGCGACCGCUUGGCGCGGGCCAGCCUCGCCGUCCGGGCCGCAGUGCUGUCGGGGACUUUGCCCGGCGCCUCCGGCUUCCUGACGGCCAUGCCCAGCAAGGCCAUGAAGCUCAGCAUGGGGCCAACCGAAUUCCGCACCGAGGUGCAGUGCCGUCUGGCCGCGGAGGUCUCUCAGGAGGAUUACUGCCCCCUGUGCGACAGCGUGCUAGACGCGCACGGUUUCCACUGCUCGGUCUGCGCUUGCGGCGGGGGCAAGAGCGCGGCGCACCACGCGGCCGGGAACUUGACGCACUUCCACGCCGCUUCCGCGGGAUGCCGGCCAGACCUGGAUAGGGGCCACCUCCUCCCGCCGCGGCCGGGCGACGCGGCCGACCCGGGCUUGCGUCGCACGGCAGACGUGUUCUUGCCCUCUUGGCGCGGCGGGCCCCCAGCCGCCGUAGACCUGGCCAUCGCGUCGCCGCAGCGGCAGGCUGCCUUCCAGCAGGCGAGCGAGGUCGCCGGGUCGGCAGCGCAGCUCUACGAGGACUACAAGCGGUCCUACCUCGACACGGAGGCGCAGUGCCCCCAGCAGGGGAUCGCCUUCGUGCCAAUGGUCGCCGAACGUUCCGGAGGCUGGGGGGCCUCGGGCAUCCAAGUUCUGCAGCCGCUCGCACGCAAAGCUCAGGCCAGAGAUGGCAAGGCGGCGAGCCUGCACAUGCAGGAGUAG